AUGAACAGCAAAGGAGGCAAACAAAGAAAUAAAGCAAAUGAACAACGGGAGAAACAAAUGGCAAGAAAAAAAGAAAACAGCAAAAAAAUAGUGAGAGAGAUCAAUAAGAAAAGAAGAAGCAAGAAAACAAGACGAACAGCAAGAAAAGCGAAUGAAGAAGAAGCAAGGAAAACAAAACGAAUAGCAAGAAAGGUGAAUGGUAAGAGAAUAAUAAGAAAACGAAUAAAGAAAAAAGAAAACAAACGGCAAGGAAGGCAAAUAAUAAGAAAAAGAAGCAAACAAAAAAAUAAGAAAGCAAAUGAACAAUGGGAGAAGCAAAUGACAAGAAAGGAAGGAAAAUGGCAAGAAAAUAGUGAGGGAGGCCAACAAGAAAAGAAGCAAGGAAGACAAGACGAAUG